GUCGAUCACUGGGUCCUGGCUGGUGAUUCACCGCCGGCACCCGGCGAUCGUCAUGUAUCACGAUGGAGGAGAGACCUGUAUGUAAACAAUACAGAUCUCUCCCUGUCAGCUCCUGCUACACUGCUUUGUAUGGCUCUGCAUAGCAGAGCCAGUGUAAAGCACACACACAACACAGUAAAAGAGCACACAAUUAACCCUUUGAUCGCCCCAGAUGUUAACCCCUUUCUACCCAGUGUCCUUAGUACAGUGUCAGUGCUUUUUAUUAGCACUGAUCACUGUGUUGGUGUCACUGGGGAUGUCAGUGACAGUUAGUCAGUUUCCCCCCAGUGUCAGAAUGCCCACCGUAGUCCCGCUAUAAGUCGCUGA